GCCAAGCAGAUCACAUGAGUGCAAAGUGCUCUCUCGCGCUCUGCCUCCCUCCUCGCUCGCUCGCUCGCACUCUGCGAGCCAUUGAGCCCAAGCGAGGAGCGGCGAGUUGCCGGCCUCGAGCCGCCCAGCCUUGGCGAGACAAUCCCAGCCGGAGGGGGAACGCGGGGGCGGCGAGAGGAGCCCCCAGAUCCAGCCCGCAAGAGAAGGGAGCCCACAGGCAGCCGAGCCCACCGCCCGUCCCUCCGCGCCGAAGGCAGCUUGGCCGACAACUCCACGUCCGUCGAAGACUUUCCCUGAAUGUGAGACAAGACGUCCCAUCCCUAGGUGCAGUUCUUGGAGAGAGCAGUCCUGUCACCAUCAGCUUAUGUAGGAUAAGCAGAGUUGGCGUGUGAAGUGGGCCUGAUGUUUUCAGGAUAAGGACACAGUCUGGAUCAAGCUGAGGAUGAAAAUGGGAAAAUCUUCAAGGACAUGUAGUUAGAAUGCAGCAGCAGCAACAGCAGCGCCGAAUGUUCACAGCCACCCUCUUGGCAUUCAUUUUCGUUCUGGUGGCCAUGGGUACUACUGAGGCUGGCAAAAAAGAGAAACCAGAGAAGAAAGUGAAGAAGUCCGACUGUGGGGAGUGGCAGUGGAGUGUGUGUGUACCCACCAGUGGAGACUGUGGCCUAGGGACCCGCGAGGGCACUCGCACUGGAGCCGAGUGCAAGCAAACUAUGAAGACCCAAAGGUGUAAGAUCCCCUGCAACUGGAAGAAGCAGUUUGGAGCGGAGUGUAAAUACCAGUUCCAGGCCUGGGGAGAAUGUGACCUGAAUACAGCCUUGAAGACUCGAACUGGGAACCUGAAGAGAGCCCUUCACAAUGCUGACUGCCAGAAAAUUGUCACCAUCUCAAAGCCCUGUGGGAAGCUUACCAAACCCAAACCUCAAGAACCCAAGAAGAAGAAAAAGGAAGGCAAGAAACAGGAGAAGAUGCUGGAUUAAUAGAAGCCAUGCUGGGCAGCAGGAGAAAGGGACAUCAUCAAGCAUGAUCAGUUAACAGUUUCAUUUACAUCUAGGCGAUUUACCCUAAAAUUAUUUAUAGCUUAAUUGUACAAUAGGAGGAAACACACACACACACACCUUUUUAAAAUUUUACUCUAGUAUUUUUUAAUGUAUAACCCUAACAACAUUUUAGAGGCCUGCAAUAAAGAACUGUAAUUUCAUUCAGAAAAUUAUUACUACUGUAUAUUGAACAAUGUAGAGUAUUUUAAGGUAUUUUUUCCCCUCAAGUCUUAUUUUAGGUGUUGAUCCAGACAAAUUACUCCAUGCAGGCAGAACCUUGAGCCUGUGGAAGUCAGUGGGGCAGUGUGUGGGAGCAGGAGUCUGCCUAUAUGCAGUAAUGUGUAGGAUUCAGGCCUUAGAUCUGAAACAAACAGGACUUUGGGGGUGGAGGUGUGGGGGACGGGGGGAGUCUUUUAAAAUUCUUGUCACAACUAGAGAACUGUGUGGAAACUGUCUGUUUGGGGUGGGUGGGAAGGUUUAGUAUUUGCUGGCAAAAAGUAAGAGGGGGGUGGGACAGUAAGUAUUCAGAUCAAAAUACUACUGUUUAAAAUCUCAUUGUUUCUACCACUGGCACUUUAUUGGCAGCAAGAAUGGUGAAAUCCUCUCUCUAGAAAGCUGAGGUUGGCAAAGUCCUCAAUUUUCAGUGUGGCACUUGGCUGAAAAAGUGCUUGUGAUAGUGAAACAACACCAAAACUCUCCUUUUGUUUUCAUGAAAAAUUCAAGGUAACAGAGAAAAACGUUUCCCUCUCUUUACCUCAAAUCCUGCAAAAAUACCUUCACCCCUCCCUUCCCCAGCAUGGGGAUAUCCUUUUCAUGCAGUCUUGUUGGGAGCAUUGGGUUUUUGCCUUACCCAUCUCCCAUUGAGGUCAGUGGGAGCCUUUCUAUUGAUUUUAAUUGGAACUGGUUGAGAAAUAGUAUUUUCAGCAGAAAAAUUUGAUAUACAUGAUUUUUUUUUAAAAAAUGGUCAUGGAAUUUUUCAGAUUUUUCCAGAAAACAAAAAUGGAAAAAAAAUUGGUUUUUGAAACAGAAUUUUUUUUUCAUUCACCCCCUUCCUCUCCCCUUUUCUUUUAUCCCGUUAGAAAAAAGGGAAAGUGAAAACCAAGAAAGGUUUUGUUUUUUGUUAAAACUUGGAAAAUUUCAGUCAAAAUAAAAUUUCAUUUCAAAAAUAUUUUGUGUGGGGGGGGGAAUGUUGAUUGAAAAAAAAAACUGACCAGCCCUCAUUUUAAUAGAUAUUGGAUCUGUCCUUUUUUGGGGGGUACAGGAGGGCUGAUCUUUUCUUAUUUUAGUCCACUAUUUCAAUUGACUGGGAGGCCCAGGGAAAAGGCCUCUGUUAUAUGAGCUAAAGUGCUACCCAACUGUCUCCUGGAAAGUCCCAUAAAGGGCUACACUGGGGAGAAGACUGGUUUUUCACUCAAGACAACAUUUAGAUUAGAUUUGCAAAGGAGUUUAAGGAAUUUCAGUGCCCAAAUUCCACUGAAUGUGCAUUUGAAAAUCCCAACCUUGUAGUGUCAAAAGGGAUAGGAUUUGGCUGCAUAGGAAAGCAGGAAUUUUUGCAGGGAAGUCUUGUGCCCUGUGUUAUGCAGGUCAGACUAGAUUAUCACAAUGGUCCCCUCUGGACUUAAAAUAUAUGAAUCAAUGGGAACCCGCCAGUGUCAGUGGUUUUGCACUGGGUGUAGGGGGGGUCCAUCUGAACAGAUCACGCUACAGGAUUGGGGCAUGGCUUGUAGAAAUGGUGGAGCUUCCUUUCCUCACACUAACACACUAGAAUCCCACCACCACCAUAUCAAAUAAACUAGGCACACCCUCUUUGUGUUCCCCCUGGUUCUGGAAUGGAAAGGAUGCUUCAGGCUAUGUCUUGCAAGGCAGAAGUUCUCAAACUGCUCUCCGGAGCCGUCCUUCAUCCCCUGCAGCAUGUAACAGUGAGGGACACGAGCAGUUGCUAGAAAGGAAGGUGGUUCUAGGAGGGAAGAGUGUCUUUCACUUGAAGGCUUGCCAACACACAGAUGUGCACAGCUUACUAAGGCUUGGUUUACACUUAACACUUAUACAAGCAUAAGAAUGUUGGCCAGGGGUGUGAAAAAACACACCCCUGGUUAGACAUAGCUAUGCCCACCACACCCCCAGUAUAGAUGCAGCUAUGCUAACACAAGAGUGCUUCUGUGAGCAUAGCUAUGUUAUAUCAGGAGGUGGGGUUCUUAUGUCGACGGGGUUCUCUUGGUCUACACUAGGGGGCUAUAGUGAUGUAGCUGUACUGGCAUAGGCUUUGUAGUGGAGACAGCCUAAAGAUGUGAUGUUGUCUCAGUGUAGUGAAACUGGUGCAGCUUUGCAUAUGGAUGCUCUUACAUUGGUGUAGCUUGCCUCCAUUAAAUGAGGAGCUGUCAGGAGUUGAGAAUGCUGCAGAUAGAUGGCCUCAUUCUCCUCUGAUAUACACUGGGCUAAAAGUUUUAUAAAGAGGGCUUUAGGGGUUAGAAGUGGAUGUAAGUGACCCGCUUCAGGAAUGAUUUCCGUCUUCAUUUGCUACAGCUAUAAUGUGGCCCUGAGGGAAUGAUAAAUAUCCCUAAAAUAACAUAACCUCUUAUGGACAGUAGAGAGAGAUGAAAUGCCGUGCUUUGGCUUGAGAUGCAUCUGAAUGCAAACCCUGGAUUCACCUGCAAAUUUGGGGACGUUGGGCUCUAGAUUCAGAUCCAGAUUCUGUGGCUUGGGAUGCUGUCUAGUUUUAACAUUGCACCUGACAGAAACGCCCCAUGCCGAAAGGGAGGCCCCUGUUUGUAACGCUAACACUGUAUCACCCACCAAUCAGGAUCAUCUAAUGAUGUAGUGCCAUUCCUUCCAGAGAUACUCUUCAGGGGAGAGGGAUGUUGCAAUUUUGAGAACAAUAAAAAUCAGCAAUCUGAAGCAGCAGCUUGCUUGGGCUCCUGGUUCAAAAGGGCUAGGUGCCAACUCAGAAAUCAUUCUAUUAACACCACUGCAGUCCACUUCUCAUGUCUCUUUCUCUCUGUGGAGCAGGAUUGAUGUGGGAAUUGGGUAGAAGUUCUGCUUCUGUGCUUUCUUUGAAUUGUGCAUUAACUGCAACUAAAUGAAUAUGGAGCAUCACUAAAAGCACAAGUGACAUGCCUGGGAAAUGAAGUCCCUCUGAGCUGACCAUUAGCAAGGAAUAUAAAAAGAAAGGAGUAAUAUGAUCAUCUUCAUAGCUACAAGAACUCAAGUGGUGUUGAUGCUGAUAAGAGAACUCAUAACAUAUUUCCCUCACCUUGGUGCAUAGCUAUUCCUUCAUCGUUUGGCCUCAGGUGAUAGGGAAUUCAAAUAAAGCAUUGUGCAUUAAUUGAUAAUGAUCCAGGGGAGAAUGAAAACAGCCACCUAACGUGCAAUAUCCCAACACUAACCAGACUCUUAGCCUGAGUGUGGGCAUGAUAAUAAUUUCAGUUUGUGUAGGGGAAUUCCUUCAAGAACUAUCAGAUUACUUUGUGAUUGUUAUUAGGAUUAAAAGCUUUGGGGUGAAAGCAGCUGUUCCCUUGUUCUGCAAAUCCGGACUAUCUCUGUGUGUCAGUAUAUCACAUGGUUUGUGUCUUCUGAACUGAAGUGCUGCUGAAAUUGCUCUGCAUCGAUAUCAACUUAUGUAAGCCUGCCAAGUCUUUUUUAGUGAAAUAUUUGAUGAGACCUGGCAUUUCAACACAAACUUCCCAGAGCUGUCCACAGUGGAGAAAAAGAUGGGGAAGGGGAAUCUCCCUUUCCAUUCUUUACGCCCUGCAAGGGGGCAUCUCCUGUGAACCUGGAAUAGUUUUCCAGGGGUUAUUCUUUCAAAAGGAGGGUUCCCCUACUAAAUUCUGACAGAGUUGGAGGGUUUCCCUUUGAGCUCCUCUCAGACUUCUGAAGGCAUUGCUGGGGCUCCUCUCCAAACCUGAGCAAAUGGUGGUUGGAGGUUUGAACCUGCAAUAGCAUUUUUGGCCAGGGGUGGGGGAUGGGGAGGGGAGGAAGAGCUCUUGUUGAGAGCGAUCCAAAGGUCACCUCUGAAUGCAACCACAAACCUACCACUUCCUGUCCCAGAAAUCUCUGGUUCUCCCUACUUGGUCCCUUCAUCCCACAGCAGCACCAGCAGGCCACUGCACUCAAAAAUCUCUCUUUGUUUCUUCCUGGCACAUACAAUUAUGGGCUACGGUGGAUCAUUGGAUGCUUUUUUGCCCAUUUUAUGAGUCCUGCACAAAAUUAAGUUGAGAAUUAAUGGGAUCCCUGGAAUUAGGAAGACGCUGUCCAAAUUACAUGGGAAGAUGGGCUUCUUGGUGAAGUCCUUUCCUCACAAGUCUUCUCUAGCUGGGGGCUUUCUGGUAGUGUGGAACACAUCAUUGCAAUGGAAAACUAGGGACUCCAAUGUAAAGGAGAACCGCUUCAAACCCACAAGGCCCCUUUUUCAAGGUAAGCUGGGAAAACAGUGGAGAUUACCCUGACAGCUUUGGUGGGGUUAAGGAUGAUAAGAACUUAAGGGGUGCUCAGAAACUGUUUGAGGAAGUUAUGGCUUGCAGAAAUAAACCCUUACUCAUUCAUUACCUUUUAGCACUGAUGUUUUCCUUUGUCUAUAGAACUCCUUAAAGUCAAAAGAAGCCCUUAGUCCAGUUGGUUUCUUCCAGCCUUUGACUUCUUGAAUGCUGAAUGAGCUGCCUAUGAUGCAACUGUACCCACAGUCCUCUUAUUAAAUGUCUGAUAAAGAGCUUCCUAUUUUCAAAAGCAAUUGCCCGUAUUCAGUCUUUGGUGAAGACCCAAGAGAUGGGUUCCCCCCAAAAAAGCCAGUUCAAAAGGCCAUUUAUGGUUCUAAACAGGGCAAGAGAUGUUUGCAGAGAGAAGGCUGCAGCUUUGAAUUCCGUGAGGUAAAGGUAAGAGAAUUUACAGCCUAUGCUUCCUAUCCAUCCUUACCUUCCUGUAAUUAAUUAUACAGCCUGAAUCCCCUCAUCGUAAUCUGUCUGGCAACAAGGAACUAUCUAGUUUCCCCCAGUGAAUCGUUACAUUUUCAGUGUGGUAAUUACGUGAUUCAUUCAGACUUUCCCGGUUGGAAAAGGGAGGGUUGACCCUUCAGAGAUUUUUUUUUUCCGGUUAUCGAUGAGUCUUAACAGAAAAGCAGGAUACUCGGAGCUAGAAAUUGGCUAAUGAAGAUGUCACUAAGCAGGCACAACAUCUUUCUGGAACAACAAUGCUUAUAGAAACUACAAAGAGUGAAUUCAUGAUCAAAAUGUAUCUGAAAAAGAUUGUGGCACCAAUCUAAAACAAUAAAAAUAGAAAAGGCCCUUUCCUUUGUGUAAUGAAUUACACCUGGGCAAAGUGAGCACAAUGACUACAAGCCAGCAGAGGAUCAUGGCCAGUGACUCUAUUAUUUUAGAGCCAAGAGCAGUCAAGCAGAGUGCAAAACAUUCUUCAAAACAAAGGCUAAGAUCUCUGUCUCAGAGUGAUGUUCUCUUCUACCACCACCAAGUAAAGGGAAAACCAUAGUUCCCUCCCACCCCCGCACCCUCACCCCUGACCCUCCUGCAACUUCCUAGGAGAGGGAUCCAUUGGAAGUGUUUGAACAUAGGAACCGGGGGGAGGGAGGGGGGAGAGAAUGGUUUAUGUUGCUGCAAAUAAAAUAAAAUAAAACCCUCCCAAUCCCUGUAGUUGUGUUAAAAAUAUAAAAGGGAAUGAACAUUAAAAUAACAAAUUACAGGCUGAAUAUUGCACUCAAUGAAUUUCUAAUUAUGUACAUAAAACUUUACCUUAUAUGAUGUCUUCUCAUGGGUUCUUUCCUUUUUUAUUUGUAUAUUGAUUUUGUAAGCUAGCUGUGUGUUAUCUUUUUGAUAUUUUUAAAACUUGUAUGAAAGCCAUAUAUACACAUUAUAGGAUGAAAGCAUUAAUUCCGUAACAUUCCUUAAUGGUUCCCUUAGCUUGACAGAAUCAUGGGAGGUCCUAGAGAAUGUAUAUGUUUACCAAUUGUAUCAACAUAAUUUACUUGCUCUUAGUGGAGAUGAAGAUGUUAAAUAAACUAAUACACAGAGGUA